ACCGAGUCCAAUAUUCUCCCUGCUCUUUUAGUAUAUACAUCAGAACUUGAUAAACUCUCAUACUGAAGAGGAUUUUGAAUUUUCCAUGAUGGAAUUUUAUAAAAUGUUGUCACUAAAGUUGGCAAUGCUCUUCAUAUUCUCUUCCUACGUCAUGUGCAAUUAUUAUCCACCCUACCCUCAAAUUCCCAUGGCUUACAGACCCCAGUUCCCUGCAAACGACCCACUCUGGUCUCAAUUCUGGGACGUCUACGACUACUCGGGACCUCUAGAACAAGAGCCGAUUGACAGCAGUGUUUUUCAACCUGAAAAUCUUUUCUUUCAGACAAGACUGCCUCAAGUAGACGACGAUGCCUAUGACAGAUACAGAGAGUACUUUUACAGAAGAUAUGGAACUAACUUUUUGGAUAAUUAAGAGAAUAACCUUCAUACCUUUGCAUGGAAGACAAUGUAUGAUUCUACGAGAUACGAUAUAAAGUUUUGCUUAUAAUA